AUGAAGGCAGAGGACCAGCCCAUUAUUCAAUGUGGAGAGUAUCAGAGCCUUCCGGAGACGACUGCAGAUUUGGACUGGAUGGAGAUGAGGAUACUCGAUUUCUCUCUUUUUGAUAAAUCUGGCGGGAAGAACAAGCUCGCCUUGCAGCUGAAACACGCUAUUCACAACCUUGGCUGUUUCUAUAUCAUCAAUUUUGGUCUAAGCCAAGAUGAUAUAGCUCAACAGUUCUCUCUUGCUACUUCCACUUUCAGCCUACCACAGUCGGAGAAGAACAAGUUCAUUGAUUGCAAAAGCAACCCAACUCUUGGUUACAAGCCGACCGGCGAGCGGGUAAUGACCCAAGGGAUCAGGGACGCUGUCGAAAUCUAUGACGACCUGAAAUGCAGUUCAUUCUUUGGACCCUAUCUGCGGCCCCCACCAUGUGUUAAGCAGAAAGGAGAAACGGAGCACUUUUGCAAGGCCAUCCACGAGCAGGCUCUUCACCGACUUCUUGUCCUCACAGCGAUUAUAAUGGAGAUGGCUGAUAAAGAAUCACUCUCAGUUAUUCAUGGCUUUGAUACAAUGUCAGAAUCGCGUAUGAGGUAUAUGAUUCAACAUCCACGAUCAGAAGAACUAGCGUUGUUUCGAUUUGAGUAUGCUAUAUGA